GGUAUUUUUCGCCGGUUGAGAAAAGAGCGACAUCACUAAACUACACAGAGCCAUCAUGUCGUCGUCGUUAGUAAGAGUCAUCGCAGAUGAGUCCCAGUUUGAUACGGAACUGACAAACGCGGGUGCUAAGUUGACGGUUGCUUAUUUCACCGCAAAAUGGUGUGGACCAUGCAGGAUGAUAGGACCGGUUUUUGAAAGAUUAAGUAAAGAAUACCCAAAUGUGAUUUUCCUCAAAAUUGACGUGGAUGACUCUCAGGCACUUGCAGAAAAACAUGGUGUAACGGCCAUGCCAACUUUUAUAUUUUUCAAAAACAAUGAUGAAGUUGACCGAAUGCAAGGGGCAGAUGCUGCUACGCUGGAGUCGAAAAUAAAAGAACGUGGAGGAAAUUCAGAAGAAGGAGAGGAUGACACAGCAGUCAAGGGCCACAUGGACCUUGCUUCAUUUAUCUGCAAGUCCGGCUGCGAAUGUCUAAACGAGGCUGAUGAUCAUCCGCUGGCUCAUGCAUUCACAACAAAGGGAGGCUACUUGGAGUCAGACUGUGACGAACAGCUAAUUAUCAAUGUGGAGUUCAACCAAAGUGUGAAGUUACAUUCCCUGAAAAUGUAUGGACCUGCAGAAAAUGGACCUAAAACAGUAAAAGUUUUCCAGAAUCUUCCAAAUUCCUUGGACUUUGAUAAGGCUGAAAACAUGGAACCAACACAAACUUUAGAACUCACGCCAGAUGAUGUGAAGGAGGGCACUUUAAUUAAUCUACGCUACGUUAAAUAUCAGAACGUGAAAAGUAUAACGAUAUUUAUAAAGGACAACCUGGGUGAAGCAGAGACGACACAGAUAGACUACUUGGGGUUUGUCGGCAGUACCAGUGCUUCUACAAAUAUGGCAGACUUCAAACGGGUUGCUGGAAAGAAAGGAGAAAGCCAUUAACAUUUGGAUAUUACUGUUACUCGGAGAAUUAUUGAAAAAAAAACUCAAGAAAUUCAUUUGAAGAUUUACCAGCUUCAUGGUAUGCAAAAUUAAAUAUUUGACUCCCUAAAAGGUGUGAAAGACUUAAAUUUUUUCAGAUGUUUAAUUUCUAGUUCUUGAAGGUGAAACAAAUUCGAACAAUUGUGACAUUCUUGUAUCAUCGACAAAUAUUGUUAUUUAUUGCCAUUUAUUAAGGCAAAUUGGAAGGAUUCAUCAAUCAGGAUCUGGGUUAAAUUAAAUUGCCUCUUUGCUUAUGGAAUCCAAUUGAAGUGGGAAGGACACAUCUAUUAAAUAUCAAUGUGAGAUGGAUUAACAUUCUUGGAAGAGGAUACAACACGAUGGAUUUUCUAGAACGGAAAUUAAAUUGUGACUUUGCACGAUAACUGAUGUGUUGGCUGGAUGCUAUAUUGGAAUAAAAUAAGAUUUCUGAACUGUUUUUGGGAAAGCAUGUAAUCUGCUCAAUGCUUAUUAUUCAUUUUUUCUUCGUAAAAUUUAAGUUUCAAAAUAACAAGAUUCCAUGUCACAAUCAUGUAUUCUGUGCAGUAAAUCCUGACAUUACCGACACACUGUGGGAUCAUGUCAAUGUAUCGGGUAUGGCUGUGGAGCAUGUAUACGUUCUGUUGGAUAUUGCCUUGAUAUUACAGGAUGUUAAAGCCAGUGGUCGGUAAAGUCAGUGGUCGGUAAAUUAAAGUCAGUGGUCGGUAAAGUCAGUGGUCGGUAAAUUAAAGUCAGUGGUCGGUAAAGUCAUUGUCUGCAAUUACAGUGGAGUAUGUAACCAUUCUUUUGGAUACUGUCUAAUAUCACAGGAUGUAUUUAAAAUUAGUGGUUGGUAAAUUCAGGUUUCACUGUAUAAGUACAUGUAUGUAUUACAUCCUUCACUUGUAAAAAUUCCCUUUAUCUAUCCAGCAGUAAGCCCAGGUUUACAACAUGUAAAAUAGGACGAUGAAUGUCAUUUUGUUGACUUUUCUACUAAAGAUGACAAGACACACUCGCACGCCAUUUAAAACGUUUAUUUACAUGUAAAAAUUCAUACACAUACGAGGAAAUUAAAGGUUUUGGGGAUACCAGUGUCUACUGAAGAUGACAAGACACAUACUAGACUAAUUGUCUGAAAAGUAGAGAAUUAUUUAGGGGUUGUGAAGUAGAGCUGAUAAUAGUCUUCACUAUUCUUAGUGUUUCACUUUCAUUUCUAGAUAGCAAGGAAAUGUACGUGUACAUCCUAUAAGAAAAAAAAAAUUUAAGACAAAUUCCUGUACAAGAUUAACAAACCGACAAUUCAUGUAGUCAGAUAAUGAAAGAGUAGGAUUUAUGCAACACUACAGAUAGUUCUGAAAAUAUUUCAUUGUAUUUACUCAAUGUAACUGAAAUUAUACAAUUUAUAUACAAUUUAUUAUUUAAAUGAUUUAAUUGUAUACUGUAAAUACCAUGAAUUCAGUGUUGAGCAAGGAUAAUCCCGUUCACCUUGAACACUUUCUCUUCAAAUGGAUUUUGUUGAAAUUUUGACUUAAUGAGUUGACCACAGAAAUUACCUCAAAAAGGAGUGGAGACAUUUUACCCAACACAACAAGAUGUGGGCACUUGUGUUUCCAUUUUCUUUAAAAAAAAAUCCUGGAAUUAUCACAGCACAUUUUGCUAUUGGCUAAACCCCCUGAAAAUGGCAUAUUACUCUGUUUUCCACAGAAUACAUGACAAUAUUGCAGUCAUGUGUUGAACAGAGUUAUAGCCCUUUAUUAUGAUAAUAUACAAAAGUUGUUGACAUUCAGUUUAUCCCAUUGUAUGACAUGUCAAUAAUGAAUGACAGGGUAUGAUAUCACAACAUGAAAUCGGACAGGAGGUGAGGAUAUAAUGUGUUAUCUGUCGACAUAUUUCGUAAUCAAGUAUCAAUUUUUUGUAAGAUGGAGAACAAAUAGAAUUCAUAAUUAUCAACGGAUUCAAUAUUAUAAUUCUUUUUGGGGGGGGGGGGGGGGGAAUACAUGAUCUGAUAAGAUUUUUAACCUUAAAGCAAUUGUGGUAUUGGAUGAAACAUGCAUUCACCUUGUAUUAAAGUCGUUCACUUCUUAA